GAGAAAAUGGUUCUGCUGAUUCGGAAGCUGAGUCUUUCGGUGUGGCACAAUGACCCUUUGGGGAGGAACAGCUUCUUGGGUCGAAAGACCCCUCCGUCUGGGGAGGUCCAUAUCUGGGUCAAGGACACCAAAGAUCUGCCCCAGUUACGUCCCUCCGGAGUGGACUCCUUUGUGAAAUGCUACGUUCUUCCAGACACCAGUAAAAAGAGCUACCAGAAGACCCGCAUUGUCCAGAGGGACUCCAACCCGGUGUUUAACCACACCAUCGUGUACGACGGCUUUCAUACAGAAGAUCUGAAGGAUGCCUGUGUCGAGCUGACCGUCUGGGAUCAUGAGAAACUGACCAAUCACUUUCUGGGAGGGAUCCGGCUGGGACUUGGGACAGGCUCCAGCUAUGGGAUUGCCGUUGACUGGAUGGACUCCACACAAGAGGAGGUCGCAUUUUGGCAGGAAAUGAUGACCACGGCGAAUGAAUGGAUUGAAGCGUCCCUGCCUUUGCGCUCUCUGGCUGGAAAAAGGAAGCUGAAAUGAACAGCUGGCAGCAGCCCACAGAGGAACGGAGAACCGUUUACACAGAGAAGAGGGCCAAUGCAAAGCUGGCUGACCUCAGGAUUGCCUGUGCAAUGCACUUCGAAAGGACAAGGUAUUAUUACUCAUCCCAAGAGAGGACUGAGCGGAUUUUACAUCCCAGCUAGCUGAAAGACCUGCUGCUCGUCACCUCUCCAUCAUCUAGACCUUAGAUUUUAUUCGACUUUGGGUUUGUACCCAGAGAGCAGGGAAGAAAUGGUGUAAAUAUGUUUAUAGUUUAUUUUAUUACAGUGUCCAUGAUGCUG